CUAAAUGUGUGUCAAACGAGUGGUGGUUACCACCGAUGGCUCCGGAGAUAUUCACAGCAAUCGACGCUCAAUGAGGACGAGUUGAAUAAAUUCAGGACUUUUGCGGACACGGAUUGGCGGACAGACAAGAAGUUCGCGCCACUCGUAAGGAUGAAUGAGUUGAGGGUUCCCUUCAUCCGAGACACGUACCGGACGUCAUCACCGCUCCAGACAUCGAAACCGUUGACUGGGAUCCGGUUGCUGGAGAUCGGGUGCGGCGCCGGUAUUCUCGCCGAACCGUUGGCCCGACUCGGGGCCGAUGUCACGGCAAUUGAUCCGGUCGCCGAGAAUAUAGCGAUGGCUGACAGUCACCGGAUGGGCGACAAAGGCGUCGCCGAUAAUCUGAAGUAUGAAUGCGUUUCCAUCGAGGAGUUCGCGAUGAGGGACCAAAUGGCG